ACCAUAAACGCUCUGUUUGCUUUUGCUGAUGUGUUGUGUAUUGUUUUUCGGUCCACUCUUGUUUAAUGGCUAAUUAUCUGUGAGUCCCGCACCAUGACUGAGAAAUUCAAUGGGUUUAGCCACGACGAGAUCCUCAAGAUAACGGGCGUGAAGGAGGGCAGCGUGGGCAGGCGGCCUGCGAAUCUGGAAGCAGCGAAACAGGCGCUCCGGAAUCAACCCGGCAUUCGGCGGAUGCCCGAUAAGAUCUUCCGGCAAGGGGAUCAAAUACGGAAGCAGCAGCAGCAACAGCAACAACCACAGAAGCCCAUCCAAAAACCGGAUGUGGCGAAAAAGGCCAAAUCGGGAUCGGCAACUCCCACGGAGAAGGCGCCAACUCCCACGGCGGAAGAUGACGCAGCACAUGGCUCGCUGAACCUCGAGCGCGCUCUUUCCGAUUCAUUAAUGGAGGCACUCUACCAUGGGCAUGCUACAGCUAGAGAUAAGAAACCCACUGCCACGUAUGCGGAUGCUGAGGCAACGUCCACCGACGACAGUUCGAUACUGAAGAUCGGGGGCGGUGAAGGCCAGACCAGCAGCUCCAUAGACGAUGCCAGCAUCCUGCCGAGCAGCAAGGAGUCCACAUCGCGGGAGCGCCUCAACACUGACUCACCCUUUAAGGGCAUCUCGCUGAAGGACUUCGAGCAGCAUCGUCGCAUGAUCGAGGAGCAGAACAAGCAGAAGAAGCAAAUGCUCUACCAGGCCAUCGAGCAGCACACCCAGAAGACGGCGGCAGAGUCACGGAAGAUCGAGGAGAUCCGCCACGAGCUGUCCAAGCUGGAGAGCGAUCUUGCUGUGGACGUAGCCCUGCUGAGGAAGCAGAUCGACAAUGCCUGCAUACAUUUCUCCAAUGUAGAAAAACAAUACGUCAAGAUCGAAGCUCAGUUCCUGCGGGCCAAGAUAGAGCUGCACAAUGCCUCCGAGAAGAAGGAGCUGCUCACCGAGCAUCUCUGCACUGUAAUUGCCCACAACGAGGAUCGGAAGGCGCAGAAGCUCACGGAACUGAUGCAGAAAGUCGGCCUGGCGCCAACCGAUGAGCCCCCUUCUUCGCCACCCAAUGUCAAUUGAGCCUAAUUAGUUUGUUAAAUUCGAAUUGUCAGCCUGCUUCAGCCCUGUUUCCCUUAAUUUGACCAGCGAGUUAACGUCUUUGCUCGCUAAAAAGGAAACUUGUUCGGAAACUUGAUAUUAUAUUAAUUCUAUUUUGCUACAUUUUAUGAAAUUGUAAAUUGAAACAGGGCUUCUAUAUGUGCUAGAGUGCUCUCUAAUAUUAGUAUGUAUUUACUGUUCAUAGUG